UGAACUCAACCUCCAUCGCAACUUCAACAUCACCACCACCACCACCCCUGGCCUCCCGCGCACGACACCACCUGCAAUGCCAAUGCCGGCCCUGACGCUGCGCCUGCCAUGGAUCAGCAGCAGCACUCAACCUCAAAGGUGACGGUCGAGUACUUUGACCCCCACAAUGUCUACCGCCUAGUCGCCCCGGGCCUCGUCGGCCGCCUCCCGCUGCGUAACCUGCACUGGCAGUCCCACGCCGGGCCCCUGCGGUCCAUCGACUCCCUCCAUGUCGACCUCGUCGAGGAGGGCGACGACGCCCGCGCCCCCGACAGCAACAACCCCGCCCCCGCCUCCCUGCGCGCCUCGGAGAGCUCCUCGUCCCGCGACGAUGGCUUCCAGACCCAGCAAGUCAGCGGCCAGGCUACCGCCUCCAGCGACAUCGCCGGUGAGAGGCGCGGCUCGGCCUCGCUGCAUCAGCAGCCCAAGCCCCCCCGCGCUCCGCGCCGUCACCAGAUACCCGGCCUGCGUCGCACGCCCUACCUCAAGGUCCUCUUCGUUCGAUGCGACGACAACGACUCAUACAAGACGGCCGUCCGCGCUGAGAUUCGCGAAUGGGUCAAGGCGCACACGCCCCCGUCGCUGAGCUCCAAAAAGGCCAGCAAGCAGGAAAAGCACGACGCCUUCGAAUGGCUCAUCGUCCACGUUGUCCUCCCCAACACCGCCGCUGCCACCCAACCCCGGAGCGGCGGUGCCAAGGGUGACGGCACUGGGGGUGACAAGACGUCCUCGUCGCGGUGGCGCACCGGCUCCACGCCCCUCAUGGAAAAGCUUCGCUCCGACUUCAACUCGUCGGCCAAGGGCUCACCCGACCGCGUCGCCCAGAUCCGAAUCGGCAUCAACGAUGUCCCCUACGACCAGCUCCCCCGCGUCGUCCCCGCUGUGCCCUCGGGUUACUCCGAGACGGAACACGAUGCCGAGAACGCCUGGAACGAUCUCGUCAACAAGUUCAAGGGCCUCAUACUCAGCUCCUUUGACCAACGCGUCACGCAAUACGAGGAAGACAUCAAGGAAAAGGACGGCCAGCGCUCGCUCCCGGGCUGGAACUUUUGCACCUUCUUCAUCCUCAAGGAAGGCCUGGCCAGGGGCUUCGAGAGCGUCGGCCUGGUAGAGGAUGCUCUGGUCGGCUACGAUGAGCUCAGUGUUGGCUUAGACGCGGUCCUGCAUGAGCAGGCCGCCUCCGGUUCUCCAGAGAGCCACGGCGGGGCGAUGUUGGCGCACACGGACGAGCUGAAGUGCGCCGCACGCGCCGCACUCACGGCCGCAGCCGGCGAAGAUGGCGACGCUGGGGCCGCCGAGAAUCUCCAGUCCGCCGCCCCGGGCCACGAUCUUUCGGCCAUCAUCGUUAGCUCAACCAAGAAACCUUACCGCGACAUGAUCCUAGCCAACAAGGUCUCUGUCUUUGACUUUCGAUGCUAUCUUUUCGCACGGCAAGUCUCCCUGCUGCUCCGUCUGGGCAACGCCUGGGUGACGCGAGACGAGCUGAUGGGCAAGCUCCGCGACCAGCAAGAGUCGGUUCUUCACGGAGUUGCGCCGUUGGCACCGCCUGCGAGCCACAGCCAAGACCCGGAGAAUCUGUCCAUGCUCGCUGAGAUUUGUCGACGCACGCUCGAGUUCAUACCCACCAUUUCCCAAGUCAUGCGCCAUGACAUUGCCUCUGCACUGGCCGAAACGCCCUUGCCUGCUCAAGAGACACCCAUCGACCUGGAUCCAGUGGCGUCCGAAACCAUGGACAACCUCGUCGCCUCCUUUGCUUUCUCCGUCGCGCAGCAAAUCCUGGCCCAGACCUCCACCAGCGCGCUGCCCAUACCGCCGACGACGUUGGCCACAAGGGAUGGCCACGAGCCCAAGUCGUCCAUCCCUGAGCCCAAGACCAUGCUGCAUCCGGCACGCAGCACUUCCCUCUACGGCCAGAUGCCCGGACCGCCACCGAGUCCUGGCUUCUUUCCUGGCCCGGGGCGGCGGGCAAGCGUCUCGGACGCCGAGACCAAAUUCCUCAAGGUCGGUCUAGAGGAGCUCGCGGCGCAGCGAGCGGAGCUCUACAUGCUCUCACGGAGUCUUCUUGACGGCCUAGGGAAGAAGCGAGGCUGGUCUGAUGGCUGGCGCGAGGCCCCCAUGAUUGGAGAACCAGGUCUCGGCGGUUUGGAGGAUGUGAGCCUCGACGAUGACGAGCCCACGAUGACGAGCCCGGCCCAGCUCCCAUCAGUGUCGGACGCGGGUAUUGAGAACCAGAUCCUGCGCACUGCCACCGACAACACCGACGACUUUUAUCGCCUGUACGAGAUAUUGAUACACAAGGCACUGCAACAUUUUUCUGUGGCUACCCAUCGUCACGCUGUCCACUCGUGCAAGGCGGACAUGGCCAUAUUAAAGCACCACCUGAAAGAUUAUCAUGUUGCCGCCCAGUAUUUUUUGGAGACGAUCCUUUUUUUCGGCGACAGCGGCUGGAGCUCGCUGGAGCUGUCGAUCUUGGUCAUGUACUGCCAGUGUCUCGACGAGCUGCAGUCCAACGACGAAUUUGUCAUUGUGGCCCUCAAGCUGCUCACCAAGGCCUGCGCGGCCGAGAGGGAGCGGCUGGAGGAAAGGUCGGCCUUGCGGAGGCGGCCUGCAAACACUUCGCACCCAGACUUGUCUCCGAUACAGACCAUUACAAGGAAGCUUUUUGACUGCGCCAAAGAACUGACGGCGGAUGUCAAAGUGCCGCUGGCUAGCUUCUUCACCAGCGUACGGCUGUCCGGGGCGCCCCUGUAUCAAGAGGGCCGCGACACUUGUUCUCUGUUCAUCUCUCUGUACAGCCUGCUGCCGGAUACAAUCCACAUCGACAGUGCCCGGGUGAAGGCGACUUGUCUCGAUGGGGGCCCCAGUCGAGAGCUCGUUUUCGAGGGAAGGGGAGAUGUGAAGCUGGCGCCGGGGAAGAAUAGCAUAACCGUGCAUUGCAACUCUGUCGUCCCUAGCACCUACAGGAUCAGCCACCUUGGUCUGCAGGCCAGCAAGGUGUAUCUGCACUUUGACCGGGACGCGCAGCAAGCUCCGCCGCGGACGGCGGACGUGUUCAAGGACGCAGACGUCAAGAUAUUCCAGCGCACCGGCGCCCUCGAUGUGCGCAUUUGGGCCGCGAAGCACAUUUGUCUCGACAAGAACAACUCCUUGGAGCUCGAGCUUAGCACCGGGUGGAAUACACUAAAAAGCUGCGAGAUCCGCGUGCGGCCGGCAACGGGUGGCCUGCGUCUGUUGACGACCGAGGCGAAGUUGGUCACCCCCAGCGUAGACUUUGCAAAGGCACCCGAAGCUGGCGCCUUCUUCCUCGGUCCGUUGGUGGAGGGCGCCACAGUCGUGCUGCAGUUCCCGUACUCUGUCGAACAGGAUCUGGCCGACGUGCUGGCCAAGGUAGAGGUCACGUACGUGACCGAGGCGAGUGAGACCUUUUACUUGGCCAAGGCGGUAACGAUCCCCGUCUCGCUGGCUCUGGGGGUCAACGUUCAAGACGUGUUCAAACACAAGGCGCUGUUUUCGCGCUUCAACGUAUCGACGGCGACGUCGAGUCCACUGCGGCUGCACAAGAGCGAGCUGCUCGAUUCGGCGCUCUUUGAAUCCUCAUUCGGCGUCCCUCCCGCCAACGCCAUCACCAUUUUCCCCAAGCAGCCGGCCUGUCUUAUGUACAGGGUCACCAGAAAGGCUGGUUCCAAGCCUGGAAAGCGGUCGGAUCGGGUCAUGCAUCUCAAACUGCACUACAGGGUCCUGCAGACGGAGGUUGAAGAUUUGAUCAGGGAAUCAGUCGAGGCCGAAUUCUCCGAGGCCCCUUUGCUGCAGUACUCGAAGCUGGUUACGAGCCAAGUCAUGAGCGAGAUCAGGCGGUCUCUGCAAAGCCAGGAUCUCGAGAGGGCGGCGCUCCUCGACGAAGUGACGACGUCAUUUCUAGAAGCUGUGCCCUGGGAGAGUCACUUUUACGGACUGGGCGUGAUGCCAGGAUCAACCGAGGAUGCGGCGACAAAGCUCAGUGCCGUCUUGAGAGGUUGGCAGAGCAGGAAUCCGCGCAUCGCCGUGCCCACCUCGACAGCCGCUGAGCUCUCAACAAUACUUAUCCCAGUCGAGGUCCCAGGACUGUCGGUGGUGCACACGGCAGAUAUGCGCCUCCAUAGGCCUGCAACAGGUACCUUUGGCGGCAUCAACGAGGAGGCGCCGCUUGUCAAUGUGAACCAGGCACUGCCAGCAACGCUGCAUCUCAAAUGGACGCGUGCUUGGGACACGGAGACAUCUAAGCGGGCAGACCAGGAGUUUAGCUACGAAGUCAGCGCACCGCCGGACACGUGGAUCAUUGGAGGCCGCCGACGGGGCCACUUUGUCAUACCCGGGACGUCGUCAUCGUCUUCGGCGACGGGCUACAUGACGUCGACAGCCGAGACGGAGGCGGAGGUUCCCCUCGUCCUGAUGGCCCAACGCGAGGGGUGGCUCGCGUACCCGUCGGUCGAGAUCCGCGAGAUCACGACGGACGCGUCGAGCGGGCAGGAGUCGUCGCAGGCGUGCGAGGUGGACUGGCGGAACCUGGGGGAGACGGUGCGCGUCAUCAGCGAGCGGCGGAGCGUGACGGUGAGCCUGGACGCCAGCGGGGCGGGAGGCGGGCCGCUCGUGUUGGAGAGCGAGAGCCUGGACCGAGGGGCGAGAAUCGUUGCGUGAGGCAGCAUAACGGAUGGAUGGGGGGCGAUGAUGGGCGUGGUAGCAUAGAAGAGGGCGUCGCGGCUGGAGAGGCGUGGGCUGAGGUGGCAUAACGCCGAAGCAUAACACGAUGGGCCCAUACAAAGCGGCCCGCGCCGUCGUCCCCAUCCAUGAAGACAUGUACUUUGUACGAAGUAACUUUCCUUGCACUUGCCCUUGUUUCUUGCUCGCCACGCCGUACGUAUCGCUCCGUUUGGCACUCUCUCCCCCGCGCACACCUCGGCGAGCCCCUCCGGCGUCUGGUGCAUGUCGGCCUCCAACGUCGAAACGACGACAUACGACACUCAUCAACAAUGGGGUCCCCAGCCUCCGCCCUGCUGUUCCACGCCGCGGCCGGCGUCGCGGCCGUGAGCGCCGCGCACCACGCGCACCGGG